AUUUUCAGUAGUCUCUGUUCUCUUUCUCUAGUCAGUUACCACUCUGAGCUGACGAGGGAGAGAGAGAGAGAGAGAGAAAACAUCUACGUGAGUCUAACCUCUAAAUCACAUCUAAAUCGCUUGUGUCUCGCAAUAAGUGCUGUGUGCUGCCUGGGUCUGCUGACUAAACUUUUAUAAACGCCGUGAAGAUUCACUCUUGUGGAUACUGCAAAGAAAAAUUCAAAUUGGUUGAAGCCAAUAACCAUGCAUGCUUGAAAAUGUUUCCGUCUUUUGAUAUUACAGAUGAUAAAGUUAUUUAUCCUCAAGAUGGACGUGGUACCACAUAUUACGCAAACGUACACGAAAACUAUUAUUCUGAUCCAGUAGAUUAUUGUGCUACUGAUGAUCAUGAUGAAGGCAGGAUGCAAGAAUCGGAACCUCUGGUACCUCAAGUGGAAAAACAGACAGACAAUAGCGAAAAAAAUGAAGGAUCACAGAACAUUACAGUACCAGAAACUCCCCAAACAGAUCGAACACAUGUACAAGAUGAUAAAUCUUUUAGCUCCAAACCUCAACCAAAAAAAUCAACAAUUUGGAUGCAUGUUUCAAAGGCAAAAGAAAAGGAUUAUUUAAUAUGUAAUUAUUGUCAAAAGCAAUACAAAACAUGUGGGAACACAACUAAUAUGUUAAAACACUUGCGAAGUGCACAUCCGCUUUUUUUUGAAAACUCUAACUCUACACCACCUACAGAAACAAAAACCAAAGCUGUGAAACGAUCAUUAGAAAACGUCGAAAACGACAUUGAACCAAAAAGGAACAAAUCGACUCAGUCAACUCCUUCAGCUACGAUUCAGCCACUUAAACAAAAUUUAAAAAGUAAUACAGUAACAAAACAAUCUAACUUUAUAGCAAAGCCUUGCGGAAUUAAAGAUGCCUUCGCUCGCAUAACCUCGUUCAAAGAUGGUGGUUCUUCGUCGGAUAAAAUUUCAAACACCAUUCUAUACAUGAUCUGUAAAGAUACACUGCCUGUUUCGAUAGUAGAGUUUGAAGGUUUCAAGGAGUUGAUAAAACUGUUGGCACCUUUAUACAAGGUUCCAUCAAAAAAAAACGAUGACCCGGAAACUUGAAUUUAGGUAUAACAUUAUGAAAGAAGCUUUUAUAAAAGAAUUAGAGGAUGUGCCUUAUUAUUGUCUCACAGCUGACAAUUGGACCGAUUCCUCGAAUCAGAGUUACAUAGGUAUAACAAUACACUAUGUAAAUAACUCGGCAAUGACAGGAAGAGUGCUAGGCUGCUUCCCACUUUAUGAAAAUCACACCUCCGAAUAUCUGAUGAAAUCAAUCCAAAAUAUAUUUGAUGAUUUUAAAAUUAAGAAUGACAAAGUUACAGCGAUGAUCACCGACGGAGCGCCAAAUAUUAAGAAAGCUGGUAUCGAUUUGCUAGGUAAAGACAAACAUCUUGUCUGCAUCGCUCACGUGGCCUCUCACCUGUUACCCGAUGCGCUUAAUAAUUUUAAAGAAUUCAAUACAAUCAUUAAUAAAGUUAAAGCCAUUGUUACUCAAAAGAAGCGAAGCAUACCGGCGUCGGAUAAACUGAAAGAAAUGCAGCUAAAGGAUGGAAAAACGGAAGGAACUAUUUUAAAAUUGAAGCUUGAUGUCCCUACUCGCUGGACCACAAAAAUUGAAAUGCUGGAACGAUAUAUUUUACUAGAGCCAUAUAUUUAUAACGCAAUAAAUAAGUGCGAAAAGCCUCUAAACUUAUUAACUAGAGAAGAGAUAAGUAUAGUUAAAGAUAUAUUGCCUAUUAUGGAACCGAUCAAAACCGUAAUUACAGAGAUCAGUGGCGAUGAUUACCCUACAUGUAGUUUAAUUAUUCCAAUCAUCAAUUGCAUGAAGCAGAAAAUCUGUUCAACAGUUUCCACAACAGAAGUAGGAGAAUUAUUUAAAACUAAACUACAAACUGCAAUGGCAAACAGAUUCAAAAACAUUGAAAUGUGUUCUCUUCUCGCCGUUUCAACUUUAUUGGAUCCGAGGUUCAAAAAAAUUCACUUUAAAGACCCUUGUGCUGUUUCGUCAGCUUUAGCUCGAAUACGAAAAGAGAUCGAAACAAUGAAGCCAGUAGAUCCUAAACCUAGACCGACAGCUGUAAAUACAGUAAAUUCAAAUAGUAUUUGAGACAUACAUGAUAGUAUUUUGGAGCAAUCUCAGCAAUCUACAUUGUCAUUUUCUGCGAGCGACACAAAUAUAGAAAUCGAAGGGUAUAUCAAAUUACAAUUACUUUCCAGAACGGAAAACAUUUUUGUGUAUUGGCAAAAUUUACAAGUGAAUUUCCCAGUAUUGAGUAAAUUAGCUACACGUGUACUAGCAACGCUUGCUACAAGCGUUUCGUCGGAACGACUGUUUUCGAAAGCGGGCAAUACGAAGAGAGACAGGCGGAACCGACUUACUGCUGUAUAAUAUACAUACACUAAUGAAACGAAUUCACGAGAUUUUUUAAAAAGCAACUUGAAGCGAGGAAUAUUACAAUUUCGAAAGCUUCAAUCAAGUUCAAAAAGUUGAAAUCAAGUGAUCACGAUUUUUCUUAAAAUCAUGUAUAAUAUA